AUAUGUAUUAUAAUCCUACGCUGUUUAGGUUAGGGCAUGUUUCUAUCCUAUUCUGCAUCUGCAAAUCAGCUGUUUCAUUUCGAUGUCAAACAACGCGUGAAACCUGAAUAUCCGGUACGAGAAAAUCGCUUACCGGUUAUUAUUUUAUGGACUGAAAGCCAUUAUAAAAUGAGUUAUCUUAUCGGAAAUGACAGGAAAAAAAACCAGUAUCAAAAUCUUGGCGGUGAUGGAUUUUAUGAGAAUAGACGAACAAGUUCAUGUAUUGGACCAUUAGUAGUGAGCCUCUGUUUCAUAUUUUUUGUCAUCUCACUGUGGAAUUUGAGGCAAUCACUACCAAAAAUGGAGAGACACAUUGUAAUUCUGAAUACUGAACAGCCUCUUUUGCACACAACAUCGACCAUGUUUUUAUCUUUCGGCUUGGACUCUUCUUCGUUAAGAAGAAUGAAAGAGCUACCUAUUUCCGAUAAAAAAUUUAUUAAUUUAGCUAGUCAUUUGCGUCCUGCAUACGUUCGAAUCGGUGGAACUGCGGCUGAUUGUCUAUUUUUCGAUGAGACAUUAACUGAGGGUUUCAAUUCAGAAACAAUAAAUCCAGUCGAUGGCCAAGACAUUACUAAUUUCACAAUCACAAAGAAGGAUUUACUUGACCUGUACAAAUUUACCCAAAAGUCAGGAAACAGGAUGCUCUUUGACUUGAAUGCCUUGAUUCGAAACUCUGAUGGUUCUUGGAAUGAUUCCAACGCCAGGCAAAUUGUCGAAUUUGCACAAAGUUAUGGCAUGAGUUUAGACUGGCAUCUCGGAAAUGAGCCAAAUUCUUUUUAUCGCGUGUUUAGCGUGCAAAUCAGCGCACAACAGUUAGCAAAGGAUUAUUGCAAAUUGCGAGUCUUGUUGAAUACAUCAGGGUACGAAGAUAGUAUUUUAGUCGGACCUGAAGUAAAUCGUAUCGGUGAUUCUGAACAUCCAACUCAACGAGGAGAAAAUUAUGCCAAAGAAUUCUUAUCAAAUGAUGAAGAUUGCGUUGAUUUUGUCACUUGGCAUCAGUAUUAUCUCAACGGUAGAGAAGCUCAAGUACAGGAUUUUAUAAAGCCUGAAGUUUUUAAUAUUCUUUCGAAUCAAAUCAAAUCUGUUGCGAAUGCUAUUAAUGCUGCAGGGAAAAAUACUCCAAUGUGGUUGUCUGAAACUGGUACAGCAUUCGGAGGAGGUGCACCAGAAAUUUCAAACCGAUUUGUCGCCGGAUUUCUCUUCCUCGAUAAACUAGGAUAUUCUGCAAGCGCAGGACUUCAAGUUGUGAUAAGACAAUCCUUUUUCGGUGGAAAUUAUGCUAUGGUUGGAUCCGAUUUAACCCCAAAUCCUGAUUGGUGGGUCAGUGUGAUCUACAAACAAUUUGUUUCUAAUAGAGUUUUGAAAAUUGCAACUGUAAAUAAUUUUGGCCAAGUCAGACUUUACGCUCACUGUACUCCUGAAAAAUCUCUGUUGAGCAAAGUACCAGCCGUCACAGUAUAUGGAAUGAAUCUCUUUAGUUACCCCGUACAAAUUAUGAUUCAGGGAACUCAAUCGUCUCCCAAAAAUGCAAUAUUUUUAUACGCACUUACUGCGGAUAAUUUACAAUCUAGUACAAUCAAAAUGAAUGGAGAAGAACUAAACUUGCUGCCAAACGGGGACUUGCCUCCUUUUAAACCAGUAAUUCUGGAAGCAGGGAGACUCAUUACUUUGCCUGGUUAUUCGAUGGUUUUUACUGUGAUGCACGGAGUUAAUAUCUCUGCAUGUUCUACGUUAUAAGUGAUUUUUAAAGAAUAUUUCAUAUAAUUAUUUUUAUGAUGUACCUAGUAUGUAUUAAAUUUUUAUAUUACAUUUUUAUAAUUGAU